UCUUCCCAACAGCGCCCCCGUGUGUCCGGACGGCACCGCGGCCACUUAGCAUAUCCUGUUGCAGUGAGUCAGAGGAUGAUGGUGUCUGUCGGGAGAGGAGCGUCACCGAGCUGCGCCUGAACCACAACAAGAACAGAAAAGGGCGAAUAUCCAAGGAUGGACGGGUUUGCAGGGGAUAUGCUGAGCGACAGCUCGGUGAUGGCGCGCAUGCAGAAGAAGUUCUGGAAGACCAAGCAGGUCCUCAUCAAGGCCACAGGCAAGAAGGAGGACGAGUAUGUGGUGGCGUCCGACGCUGACCUGGACGCCAAGCUGGAGUUCUUCCGUUUGGUUCAGUCCACGUGCACAGAGCUGCUGAAGGUGAUCGAGAAGUACCAGCACAGGAUCACACGCUUGUCUCAGGAGGAGAACGAGCUCGGCCUGUUUUUGCACUUCCAGGGUGAACAUGAUCGCACCAAGGCCGGCAACAUGAUGGAUGUCACCAGCAAGGCCCUGUGCACCUCCGCCAAGCAGAGGAUGGCACUUUGCCCACCACUGCAACGUUUGUACCAGGAAGUGGAGACGUUCCGGCGACGCGCCAUCGCAGACACGCUGCUGACGGUCACUCGUAUGGAGAAGUCUCGCACAGAGUACAGAGGAGCUCUGCUCUGGAUGAAAGACAUAUCCCAAGAACUGGACCCAGACACCUACAAACAGCUGGAAAAGUUCCGCAAGGUCCAAGCCCAGGUCAGAGGGUCGAAGAGCCAGUUUGAGAAGCUGAAGAAUGAUGUGUGUCAGAAGGUGGACAUGCUGGGAGCGAGCCGCUGCAACAUGCUCUCCCACUCCCUCUGUACCUACCAGACCACUCUGCUGCAUUUCUGGGAGAAGACGGCCCACGCCAUGUCUGCAAUCCACGAGGCCUUUCAAGGACACGUACCAUACCAGUUCACCACACUCAAGGACCUGCGGGAUCCACUGGAGCAGAUCACAGAGAUGGAGAGACAGUUGGAUAAGAAGGAGAAGACUCUGCAGAGCAACACAGACAAUCUGGUGUCCUUGGAUGACGACAAGCCAUUAGGAAGUGCCUCUGACAUAGACACUGCUCACAGCUUUGAAGGAGACAGCCAAAUCACUGACUAUGUGCAGCAAAAUGCCUCCACACCCACUUCAGGUGUGCAUGAUCUCAGUGGAACGCCAGCACGCCCUGAUGAAGACCUGCUGCUGGUGGCUGGUGGUUUAACACUUCCACAGUCCCCGGCCCCAACAGGUGCCCCACUCCAGCCCCAGCUCCUCUCUCCUCAGGCUGGAGAGCAGAGUGAACUCUGGGGCUUUGGAAGCUUCCAGUCCAGCCUCUCUGAGCUGCCUGCCUCCGGUGGUAGUCUGCUCUCGGGCGGUGUGUCCUACCCUGCAGGGACGGGGCUGAGACCCGAUGAGGAGGACAGUGAGAGGGGGGACAUGGCUUUCCUCAAUGAUCUCCUCAGCCCGGGCCCUGGAGCCAGCGAUGAGUUCAGCAAAGAGUGGCAGGAUGCGUUUGGGAUGUUUGACCCUCCUACUGUCCCUCCUGCAGGGACGGCACCAACAAGCAGUGGGCAAGCAGCGUGUCCGCCCAGUCCCGCAGGCUUCCUGCCUUCCCAGCUGCUGGAUCACAGUCUGAGUGCCACAGGCUGGUCAACCCCACCUAUGUUUAAAGCUCCACCCCUCCAGGCGUCUCCGAAUCAGAACCAAUCAGCUCAGUUGGCUCCAAGUUCAGCAGCUGAUGCAGCAGCAGCAGCUUCAGGUGGAUCCAAAGACAUGUCUGCCUGGUUCAACCUGUUCGCAGACCUGGACCCUCUUUCCAACCCAGACGCCAUUGGACGCUCUGCAGAUGAGCUGCUCAAUGCCUGAAGCUCUCUCUAUGUUUAUGUUUGUGUGUGUGCGUGUGUGUCUGUUUGUGUGCGCGUGUGUUACAGUGUAUGAUUUAUAUCCAAGGAUUACUGCGAUUUCAUAACAACACCCAAGUAAAUGAUCUCACACUAGGAGUGAAACACAAAUCCAUUUCUGUUACAAGGAGAAAAACAGUCUACACAACUGCAAAUACUCCUGUUGAUGUUACACUGGAGGACGAUAUUUGACACUGGAGAAAACAAACUGUCGGUGGAGCCAGAUGCUGUUGUUGAACAUCCUCCUCUGCUGAACAAGACUGUUAGCACUACACAAGGAGCCGCUGACUCCUGUGCACACAGCAAACCUUGUGCGGUUUGUGUUGCUCUUCACUAUUAGCUUUCAGCAGUGUCUGUGGAGCAGAGUGAGUGAUUGGGUUACAGGUGUAUUUUGGACAGCAUUGUGUGCUUCUCCGUCUUAACUUCAUGUUUGCGUUGUUUGGGUGUGGGUCCGUUUGCCGUGUGUACACAUCACAAGGGACCCAGGAUAUAAAAGUGUAUUUAAUCUGUAAUGUAGUUACAUUUAGGAGCACAUGAUUGUCACCAUGAGAUAAGACGGGACCCUGUGUCUUUCACGAGACUGAAUUUGCACACUAUAAGAACAGUGACCCUCAAGUAUCAUGAUGCUGGUGAUCAGGCGGCUUGGUUCAGGUAUUCUAGAUCUGAAUUACAUGCAACCUCUACAGUGGAGUAUUUAAUAUCACAUGAGCUCAAUUGUGAGGAAAUUAAGCCAGAAUAUCCCAGAUAAAGCUGCGGCCACUUUCCAUUUUCGAUUUCAUUUGGAUCCAGAUUUGGCGCUGUAGUUGCUUUUGGUCAUUACCGUUUUUAUAUCAUCUAAUACCUAAUUCUAACUGCUUUUAUCGGUUCCUGUUCAUCUACUAAUCAGCUCAUGAUACUGGAAGGUCUUUCUCGUGGCGUUUUUGACAACAGCCCCGGUUCUGAUUCUGUUGGGCUGAGCGCUCAAAACCAAAUCAUUUCCCGUUGGUCGUCAAGAUUUCACAAUCACAACAGUCCAAGGCCAAGAAGAAUGUGUGAUGAGCUGCACCAUUUGUUUCAGUUUCUCUUGAAGGAAGUUUUAACGUUGGAUAAAGGGAUGUAAUUAUUUUAAGUGGGUUGAAAUACAAACCUAAAGAUAACGGGACCUAAGAUGAUUUAUUUUCAGAUAAUAUCACUAAAGUAACACUGUAAAAAACAACCACUGUAAAAUAUUUAAUAUUAUGAGCUGUGUGAUGGAUUUUGGAAAUAUAUUGAAACAGGAUGAACACUGGAGAGUUGUUACCACCUCAUGAAAUACAUUUCCUUACCUGUUGUGGAUGAAAUUCAGAAUUAUUCAAUUUGUUUGUCGGGAAAUCAACAUUUAUGAAUGUUUAUCUUUUUUUAACCUCCUAUAAUGUAUGUUAUUAAUAAAGUUGAAAACUAAAGAGGUUGAGAUGUCAAACCCUGAUUGAUUGUGCGAUCAGAGUGCAUUAUGGGAGUGAUUUCUUUGUAUACAAUCUGCACAGAAGAAUCUGCUUUUCUACACAAGCUCUAACUGAUGUUGAUUUUCACACUUUCAAAAACCACAAGAAUGUAUUUCUCAAGUCAAUCACAGAUGCUUCAUUUAAUUCAACUAUGCCUUUUUAUUUUGAGUGGAGAAGUUAAACAGAUGAAAACUUGGCAGUUCUGUUUCCAAUAAACUGGACAAGCAAACAGAGAA